GGCUGAUGUUUUCAAAGAGAAAGAGGCGCAGAGUCUAUCUCUUUCCUUUGUUUCAGAUACACUACCAUCUAUAAAUACCAGCAUUCUAUCCUUUCUCUCUGUGUAUUGAAUUGAGUUGAGUUUAUCCGUAGCAAAUGGCUCUCAUGGGUUCUUCCAAGGUAGCUGCCCUUCUCAUCCUGCUUAACCUAGUCUUCUUCUUCACUUGUGUGGCAUCUCAUUCUCACAAGCCUCCAUCUCCAUGCCCUCCUAAGCCCGCUAAUUGCCCAAAAGACACCCUUAAGCUGGGCAUAUGUGCCAAUGUUCUAGGGUUGGUUAACGUACUCGUGGGCACCCCACCCUACAAGCCAUGCUGUGCUUUGUUGACAGAACUCACUGAUCUUGAAGCCGCACUCUGCCUCUGCACAGCUAUCAAGGCCAAUGUCUUGGGCGUUGUCAAGCUUGAACUACCCAUCGCUCUCAGUUUGGUUGUAAAUACAUGUGGAAAAAAGGUGCCGGAGGGCUUCCAAUGUGCCUAGAUUGAGCCCAGAUUUUCUAUAAACUUUUCCUACCCACUCUCUAUCUGCUGUGAAUUGGAGCCAUACAUCUCUAUUCCCGAAUGGUCUAGAUUAUAUAUUUAUUCUCUACUUGCAUGUCUUUAAUUUAUUGUUCUGUCAUAUCGUGUUUGUAGUUAUUCUUCGUGUAGUAAAUGUACGUAUCAAUACAUGCACUUGUUUCCUUUCAAGCAUUUGUACUUGGAAGGAGGAAUGUGCAGGGUUGUGUUGUUCUCUCUUCACUUGUAGUAUUCAUUUUCAUCAUAUAAUUGCAAUGCUAUUUCAUUUA